UAUCGCAUUCCCUACAAUCCAUUCCCUACACUGGUUUCCUUCAGUUUAUAAAUAAAUCCAAAGUUUCAUGUAAAAAUUUUAAGCUUGUCCAUGCCACUGUUAGGUGAGCGGCUGCCAGAAAAUUUCAAAUUGAUGACGUCUACUCGGGGCGUCGCUACCAAAAUAACCUUGCAAGGCAAGCAAGCUUCCACUCAUUCAAUACAGAAAUGGCUCCACGUAUUCCUUCAUCGCUCCUCAGCAGCCGUUUGUUGCUGACUCGAGUAGCAGCAACUCCUGCCUCUGUCACAGCAUCUCGCAACCAAUCUACUGUCUCUACUGGAAAAGUUGUUGAAGAUCCUCAAAUUGGAGAUUAUCCCAACCUUCCUCACCUCAGCAACCAAAUCCGAUCACCCUUCGGAUGGGACGAUAACCAAGAUAGAAGAAACUUUGGAGAACCUCUGAACGAACAGGACGAAGUUCUCGGUGUCUGGGCUCCAGAUUUGCACACAUACAGCCCAUACAAGGCACUCGCACAAUUCGGUGCCUUCAUUGGCGUUAUUUCAGCAUUCUCAUAUCUGGUCUAUAAGACAUACCCUGAAAAGACCGCCAUUCCUCGUACCUAUCCUUAUGGAGGAUUGAAGCAAGAACUUGGUGCUCGCGAAGGGGAUAUCAAGGAACGUGGUGCUCGCACUGAGGAAUAGAGAGGACGAAAUUCUAGAGAGUUGUUAUUGAAAAACUACCAUUAAAAUCAAACAAUUAUACAAUUUUCUUUGAGUAUUUCUAGGUGGGGUCAUGAAAUAAAUUAAAUGUCUGGAUGGGACUCGCGUUAGACAAUAUCUGCCGGGCUUAAAAAAAGGCAAGGGAGACGUUCUGU